AUGGGUUUCAUGGCUGGAAUAAGCAGCCUUGUGCUUUUGGCCCUGACCACUGCCCCAAUUGGUCUAGCUACUCCUGUCCAAACAUCAAGCCCAGUGGUUGAUUUAGGCUACGCCACUUACAAGGGGUACCAUGAUGACACCUAUGACCUCAAUGUCUUCAAGGGGAUUCGAUACGCCGCCCCUCCCGUAGGAAAGCUGCGAUGGCAAGCACCCAAGGCCCCUCUAGUGAACAGGACUGCCAUCCAGUCUGCCACUGAACAGCCCCCAAUUUGCCCACAGUCCGGUGGUGCCAAGCUUCCGGAAGUAUAUGGUUUCAAUUCAGCCCUGGGCAAUGAGGACUGCUUGUUCUUGAAUGUGUAUGCUCCGCCCGGGGCCAAGGAUCUCCCUAUUCUCCUUUGGAUUCAUGGUGGGGGAGAUGGACUUUUCGGAGCCUUCUACGAUCCCAGUGAGUUGAUUAACACGAACGACAAGGGGUUCAUUGCAGUUAUGAUUCAGUACAGACUGGGAGCCUUUGGCUUCUUGUCAUCGGAAGGCGUACACAAGUACGGCAAGACAAAUGCAGGUCUGCUUGAUAUGCGUUUCGCUCUUGAAUGGGUCCAGAAGAACAUUGAAAAAUUUGGUGGUGAUGCCUCCCGCGUCACGGUCGCCGGUGAAUCUUCCGGAGCAGGCUCGGCGAUGCUGCAGUCAUUGGCCUACGGUGGUCGUGAGGACCACCUAUUCAAUAAUGUUAUCGCCGCCAGCCCGUAUACCACAUCCUUGUAUCAGUACGAUGGUAAAGUGCCGACAGGUCACUAUAAAGAUUUUGCGGCACGAGCAGGAUGCUAUAAGAAAAAUAUGUCCGAGGCAGCCGUGUUUAACUGCCUUGUCAAGGCCGACACUGUCACUUUGCAAUAUGCUAGUGCAAAUGUCUCCAUUUCAGGAGAAUGGGGUACCUGGGCUUUCCUCCCUGUCGUCGAUGGCAGUUUCAUUCGGGAACUGCCAUCCAAGCAAUUGCUCAAGAAGAAAGUGAGCGGCAAGCGCGUGUUGUCUGGAUACAAUGCCAAUGAUGGUGUUCCGCUUAGCCCGCCUAAUGUGAACAGCACUGGAGACUUCCUGGAUUAUAUCCACUCUGCUUUCCCUUCAUUCUCUCCCAAAGAUUAUUCCCGUCUGAUGGACAUCUACGGGGUCCGACACAGCUCCCCCGAAAACACUGGUCCACGGUACGAUACACUAGGCGAUAGUGGUCCAACCGCUCUGAACCAGUCCGAAAUGGCAACUGGUCUCCAGCAGACCGUGUUCAACAUCUAUGCCGAAUCCUCCUUUGACUGCCCCGCUUACUGGCUUGCGGGUGCGUUCGCUGGAGGUCGCACCAAGGAAAGUUGGCAAUAUCAGUACUCUGUCACCCCCGGGUACCACGGGUCGGAUUUGUCCGCGUACUUCUCCGUUGGAGCGACUACGCCUGCUCGCGGCUUUAUGCAUGCAUUCCAGAAGAUUUGGGGCAAUUUCAUCAUCAAUAAUACUCCAGUCAUCUCUAUCACUGACGCAAAGGGUGGUGCAGACAACGCUACCGUACCUGAGGGUGUGAACGGAGAUAUCUCCUGGCCGAAGUGGAACAGCGACUCCCCUGUCGUGAUGAACCUGAACACCACAGGUGGAUCAACCGUGUUCGUUGAAGUUACCCCUGAGCUGACUUACUGGGUUCGGGACGGACCUGGCGUCACGAACGAGUUCAGACUAGCAGAUGCAUCGAAGUGGGAAGGUGGCCGCGGUGCCCGCUGUGAGUUCUGGAGAAGCGUUGGACCCCGUGUGCCAGCAUAA